AUGGAGCUCCAAUCUUUAAACUUCACCUCCAACAAUACCCAAAACCCUAUAAAUGACCUUCCAAAACAUGCCCACUUGGGGAAACAGCAAGAGCAAGAGCAAGAGCAUCACUUCUUUGAAGAUAUGGACAGCACUUGCUCCACUCCUUAUGUUAGUGCACCUUCAAGUCCGGGUCGAGGAUCCGAGCCCGUUAAUGGUGGGUUCUAUUACAGUGCUCCUGCUAGUCCCAUGCACUUUGCUUUAACAGCUUCAUAUUCCUAUCCAGUUUUGUCAUCAUCAUCAUCACCGGAUGAUAAUGGGACUGGGAGGAGUAGUAGUUCUGUGGCUCUUGGUUUUGAGUUCGGAUCCGGGUCUGGUUCAACCGGGUCGAUGAGUUCAGCUGAUGAGUUGUUUUUGAAUGGAAAGAUCCGACCCAUGAAGCUGUCGAGUCAUUUGGAGCGGCCUCAGGUUCUGGCUCCAUUGUUGGAUCUUGACGAGGAGGAAGAAUGUAAUGUACAGGUUUCAAAUGAGUCGAAUCGAGGUAGAGAUCUAAGAGUUGUGCGCGAUAAAUCUAUACGGAGAAGAACAAGAUCUUUGUCUCCACUGAGAAGCAUUUCUUAUGAUGAUGACGAUGUUGAGCAACUCAAAAGUGCUUCUUGUUUAGAUAAAGAUAAUGAUCAGAAGAAUGAUGGAAAGAAUGAACAGUCAAGUUCUGGUUUGGAAGCAACAACAACAGCAGCAGCUUCACUUUCAGCUUCUUCUUCAAGAUCAUCUUCAGCUGGAAGAAGCUCAAAGAGGUGGGUGUUUUUAAAAGAUUUUCUUUACAGAAGUAAAAGUGAAGGAAGAAGCACCAACAAGUUCUGGUCAACAAUCUCAUUUUCACCAGUUCUUAAAGAGAAGAAAUCCUCAAACUCUACCACUACCACUACAACUUCUUCUCUUCCAGCUUCAAAAGAUCACCAAAAGGAUAUCACCAAUCAAGGUUCAGAGCAUCAAAAUAGUAGUAGUAGUAGUAGUGGUAAUAAUACUAAAAGCAAAGGAAGUGUCAAGAAGCCAGUGAAUGGGAUAGGGAAGAGGAGAAUGCCACCAUCACCACAUGAGUUACAUUACACUGCAAAUAGAGCUCAAGCUGAAGAGAUGAGGAAGAAGACUUUUUUGCCUUACAGACAAGGCUUACUUGGGUGCUUAGGGUUUAGUUCAAAAGGGUAUGGUGCCAUGAAUGGGAUUGCCAGAGCUUGGAAUCCAGUUUCUUCCAGGUAAUUA